GGGGUCGUCAUGGUACUGGAUCAGCAGGCGUAUGGUGCCUCUUCGAGUUUCUUCUUGCAAGUGAACGCCAGCACAAUCUGGUCUUUGCAACAGAUCUUGGAGUGCUGGGCGACCAGGGAGCUUCCCCAGACAUUGCUCUACAAGUUGGCCGGGCAUUGCGAACCCUGCAAGUAGUGAACUGUCACGCGUCUGUCGAGGAGGACAGGCAGAAAAUCUUCCAGUUCAUACGAUCCAAGAUGGGAAGCCUCGCAAAUAUGGACAUUCAAAUUAAACAGCGGAUGAGCCGAAUUCUGCAGCAGAAUGUGCAGAACUUGGCAGAUGCCACAGAGACCUUGCUUCUCGAGAUGGGUUGA